AUGUUCAACAAGGCAAAGAAUAUUCUUAUCUCUGGAGGGUCGUUUGUAAAACAGGAAGAACAUCAUCAUCAUGGACCGUCUUCGGUGCACAUUCAGACCAUCAGAAAGAGCGCUAUGGACCGGUUGAUGGAAUCUGCAUCCCUAGGGGCGCUUCAUAACUCAGGAGAAAGACUCGAGCCUCCGAAAUGUCAUCCCAAGACGCGAACAGCUAUACUUCACUAUUUGAUGAAAUGGAUCAUUGGACACGUCGGAUGGGACAUAUUUGUCCUUUGGCUUUAUGGCCCGGCAGGUGCAGGAAAAUCGGCUAUUGCUCAAACACUGGCUGAAAGAUGUUUGGAAACGAACAUUUUGCUCGCAACUUUCUUUUUCUGCAGGUCAGAUCCAAGGAGGAACAAUGACAAGGUUUUGGUUGCAACGUUGGUCUAUCAAAUGGCUAUGCAUCUUCCUGGGUUUUGGGAAAUUGUCGAAGUGGCUAUCGAGCACAAUCCUGCCAUUUUUCAUCUGAACUUUGAGGCUCAAUUCCAGACGCUACUUGUCGACCCUCUUCUUCGAAUUUCAAGGACCGGCAUUUUCGAAUCAAAUGCUGCUUUCCCAUAUAUAUUCAUCAUUGAUGGUCUAGAUGAAUGUUCUGGCUCUGACUCUCAAACUAUAAUACUAAAUACGAUUUCCAGCACCCUUCAAAAGCAUCGUUCAGCUCUUCCUUUUAAAUUUUAUAUCGGCAGUCGACCGGAGCGCCACUUGGCAAUGUCUUUCUCAACCACAUCUCUCAACCAUUUAACAUACCAGCUGGUACUCGACAAUUCAUACCACCCCGACAAGGACAUCAGACUCUAUUUGACGGAUUCGUUGCGUGCUAUACGAAAGGCCCAUGUCGUGCGUGGACAUAUUCCAGCAUACUGGCCGUCGGAGGAAGACGUUAAUAGAAUAGUCAAGAAAUCAUCCGGUCAGUUUAUCUAUGCAGCGACAAUCCUUCGAUAUCUCUCCUCUCCCCGAUACAACCCAGUGCACCGCCUCAAGGUCAUUCAUGGAUUACUUCCGCCUGACAACGAUAAACCAUAUGCGGAAAUUGACUCUUUAUAUCACAGCAUCCUCUCGUCGGUGGAGAACGUUGAAGCUGCAUUGACUGUGUUAGGGGUACAUUUGGUCAUUCGGAGCUCAAUGAGUGUCAACCAACUGGAGAAAUUUAUGUUACUCCCGCCCGGCACCAUUAGACUCCUCUUAGUUGACUUGACGUCAAUAGUGACCGUUCCAUCUACUAACUGGGAACCCCUUCGCAUGAUUCAUGAAUCAUUCAUCGACUUCCUUUUUGACGCGACACGAUCUCUACAAUUCUACAUUGACCCAAGCAGAAUGCACGAAGAGGUAGUGCGGUACUGUGUAGCUCAAAUCAAGGUUUUCUGCUUCUCAGUACUCGUUGAUCCAACGUCCGAAAUUUACUUCCUCAUGUACGCAUUCCGAGAGCUUGCAUAUCAUCUUUGGUUGUCUGGUCCUCUAUCAAGCAAUCCUGCUCUAUGGGAAGAAGUUCGCACUCUGCCUUUCUUGACGUUUGUGAAUGAGAUUCACAGGAAGCACACCCUCGUUUCCAGUCGAACUCCAGGAGAGGUCAUCAAGCACUUCCUAAAUACUUUGAAAUGCUCGGAUUUAUGGCGUACCGAGGAGCUUUAUUUGUAUCAUCGAGACGUUUGGGAUAAAGCAAUGCUAGAUACACUCUCGUUGGUCCCAAACAGCCCUGGACUUGCGUUCUGGAUUGCUGUAUGUCUCGAACCUCCUGAUUCCCUGAGGUACGGAGUGUAUCGCAACACUCUUCUGGCUUUACCCUCCUGUACAUUUUCCUCUUCCGAUUCACUACUCUAUCUGCCGUUCACGCUAUUUACGGGCCACAUAUUACUUCCACCUCACGCGUGUGGCAGUGCCAUCCGGCGCUGGUCGCUGGGAGUGUCAUGGGCCAGCAUCAAUGCCGACUACUUUGCUCUCGUCCGCGAAUUUCUGGGAGAUCCAUCCCGCGCAGGAUCAUACGCCAUGGAUAAAUCCGCUUUUACUUUGGCAGCAGAAUUUAUUGUCGAAUUUGCCAUGAGACCCUGGGACGAUAAGAAGGCUAAAAUUGUUACGGGAAAUGAUUCUCGGCAAUGGGACCUGAUCUGGGACGCCCUUGUGUCCGUUUUGUCGAGGGCAGGGAGGUCAGAUAAGUUGUUGAAGAUGCUCAAUCAUAGCAUCGUAACUUUUACUUUGGGUUGCCCGUCGUAUUUCUGGAAAGCAGAGGACGGCUUGCGAACAAUGUGGCGAGUCGUUAAUGAGUAUAUAUUGGCACAUACUGGUACUACUCCCCCCGGAUUUGGCAUCCUCAUUGACUGGACUGACUCGGUAAACGGAGCUACUCAACCAUCAACGUAUUACAUCGGCUCCAAAUGGAUUCAUACGGAUGUGGUGUAUAAUCUGGACAAAUCCAUCGUAGAAGCGCACUGA